UAAUGAGUGGAAAAAUACCAUUUUCCGGUUUGUUUACUGGUGCUCUCUGUUUCCUCUCGCCUUCCACUCCUCCCUGGAUCUCCAACUCGAAGGCCGAGCCGGAGAAUUCCGAUCCCAAGAACACCACCACGCGCUGCCACCGAUCCCUAGAGCUCGUGCCUCCCGCCCUCCGAUGCGGCCCGCGAUCCCAUCCGGCUCCCAAAGCCGCGACCUUUGACGCCAACUACGGCGGCGGGCGGCAUGGAUUCCGGCACCAACAGCGUCGGCGAGUCGGUGGGCGAGUCGCCGGCGCCGGAGCCGGCGACACGGCCGGUUGAAAAGGUCACCAAAGGCCGCGGGCUCCGCCGGUGGCGCCGCAUACCGCGGGAGCAACAACACGAGUGGUCCCCCGCGAGCACCGGUGCCGCCGGCGCCGGCGCCGGCGUUGUUGCGGGUGAGGACCUGGCGGCGCAGCUCCACAAGCGCCGUCUCGGUCCCGCCGCUGACGCGCCGAAGGGGAAGCAGGACGCGGCCGCCGAGGAGAGCUCGAUCACAUCCGUAGAGUCCAGCUUCGUUCCGCCCGAGGCGUCUCCGCCGCCGGCGCCGACUGGGCUGGACCCGAAUCUCGGCCUCCUGAUAGCCACCGCCGGCUUCUCGGUGGGCGCAGGUGGCGCCGACUCGGACAACAGCGACGACAGGGCCAGCAAGUCAUCCACGGCCGCGAGCGCGCCGCGCCACGACUUCUCGUUCGGCGGCUUUGGCCGGGAGCGCGACAGGGCGCGAUUCCGCGCCCCUGGCGGCGCUGCUCACUGCAAGAACAUCCGCACAGCACGCGUGCGUGGGGCCAGUGCACGCGCUGCCGCUGCCGCUGCCGCCGCCUCCCCUGUGGAAGUAGAGAAUUCGCUCUCCAGUGUCGAGUCCAACCUCCUCAGCUCUAGCGCUGCUCAUGCACGGCGAUCCAGUGCUGGCAUCACCAGUAAUGGCGUUCACAAGGUUCUAUUCCCCGAUGACCAUCACAGUGACGAAGAACCUCCCAGUGAGGAGGUGCGGUAUACAACCGGAGGUUUCUAUAAGGAGAAUGGGAGUGUAGUAGGGAGGUUGGUAAUGGGGAACUGUGAUUCCGACGCCAACAAUCAUAUCUUUGAUGAAGCGGGUGUCGGCAAGUUUGAGAAUGGAGGGAUCCAUUCAGGUCUUGAUCCAUACGCUGAGUCGAUUGUGUUGCUUCAGUCGGCACAAGAAGCACUUGAGAAUGAGAUCCAAAAGUUUGUGGAGAUCAGGGAAGAAACAGACGAAAGUUCCACAAUUCACCACAGUGAAACAGAAUGGAGCAGCUCACCCCACCCUGAUGAACCUGUAGAAGAACUAAGUGAAAAGUUGAAGUUUCUUGAGUCAAAGCUGGAAGAAGCAACCUUGCUUAUCAACAAGAAGGAUUCAAGAAUACUUGAACUCGAUGCACGCAACCCGACACAACAACGGGAAACUGUGACAUGUAACAGCAAUGUGCUGUCACUGCAGUCUGAUAUCGAGCAACUGCUCUUGGAGAAGAUGGAAGCUGAGAUUCAGUGUUUCAUCCUGACGAGAGUUUGGCAAGCUUGGGAACCCCUGACCAAGGAUAACGUCGCUCUUUAUGAAGCACAGAUAUCUGAGGCUAGUGAGCACAAACACUUAGAAACUAAGCUGCGGCACACCGAGAACAGGGCGAUGAUGCUAGAGGAGAUGGUGGACAAACUAGAGGCGCAAUGCAAAGAGCUCUCUGAGACUUCGGAAGUCCUGAAGCUGCAGGCCAAAGCAAGUAGAGCGUCCUUGUUCUGUUCCAUCCAGUUAGUGAUGUUAUGCAUUGCCAUGGGGACCCUCCUCGUGCGCUUCCUGCCCUCUUUUCCCGAGCUUGUACCUACUUGAGGUUAGAAUAUUCUCUUCCAAUCGGCCUUUGUGCAGACAUUCUCGAAAGAUUGGUUACUGUAAUUUAUUAGGCAUUGAUCGCCUUACAAUUUUUCAAAUUUGUAACAUCAACUCGAUUUUGCUAGUAAAGUCAUCUCCGGCAGCUAUCUUAAAUUUUCAUCAUCAAAAAUACUAUUACAGUAUCCUCUAUCA